UGUGCUUUACCCGAGAGUAAGGAUUUAAAAUACGAACGAGCUGUACACAGGUUUUGUCUUAUUGUUGAGGAAUUGUCGUUUUGUUGUGUAGUAAGCUGAGAAUGGAGGCACAAAAACAAACUUUCCAGAAAAAGAAGAACACCGGCAAGAAAAAGCAGCAAGCUCACAGUGCGGACAUAGUGUUCACCAGAAAUGGAACCAUUCAGACCAUACCCUCCCUGACCAAGCGGCUGAAAAUGGUCACAGACCCAGUUAUUGGCCUGAAGUUUGUUUGGGAGUAUCGCAGCCCCACAAAGUCAGUACCCCCUCAUUAUCAAUGUAAACUGUGUAAGGUGGCAAAGCUACAGAACGAGAUGGCUGCUCAUAUCACUGGAUGGAAGCACAACUUUAGAUACAUGAAGCAUUCUCAUGCUGACAAAGUGCCUCAUGAAGAGGAGGAGGCAACUAAAGAUCCAGCCAUCAGGAGUGCAAUCAGAUCGUCAGCUGCUGAGGUGGAGAAAACUGAAGGCAGAGGCCAAAUCAGGAUUGUCAUUAAGGAACCUGGUGAAGUCAUCGCCUUUCAGAAUAUGAAGUCUGCACGGCCCAGUGUGUCUGGACUAGGCCCAGGAGCUCUGCUUCCUAGAGGUCGUCUCGCAGGUGGAUUAUUUGGUGGUGGUUUUCCAGAACCCCUGUUUCCGGAGUUUCCAUUACGAGGUGGCAUGAUGUCUGAUGGACUGUCCGGCUCUGCUCGCUUUAGUGGCCCAGACAACAUGCCACUUUUUCCCAACAGCAGAUCCAUGAGCAUGGGCUCAGAUGGAUUUGGGAUAGGUCCACGAAACGAGGGCAUGGGUGGACUAUACCCUGAUGAUCUUCCACUGAACAGCAGCAGCAGUAGAAUUAUGGGGCGGAAAGACUCGGAAUCCAAAAGCACGCUUUCUACGCUUCUCACAUACCUGGAUACAUUUCGCAUUGAGUGUGAGGACGACGCCCAGAUCGUGCUGAAGAUCACACAGAAACUCACAGACGUCUUGAUGGAAUACCGCCUCAGGAGUAUCUCUUCUGGAAAUGUUAAGAGUACUACCCCAUCAAGCUCCCUAAGCAAUAUGAACUACUCUUCCUGUCUUCCCUUGAACUCCAUUGACAGUUUCUCCAAUGACCGAUUUUCCAGUGACCGUUUCUCCAAUGACCGACUUUCCAGUGACCGUUUCUCCAACGACCAACUCUCCAGCAACCGUUUCUCCAGCGACCGACUCUCCAGCAACCGUUUCUCCAGCGACCGACUCUCCAGCAACCGUUUCUCCAACGACCGACUCUCCAGCAACAUGCCAGGUCCCUCAAGAUUCUACAAUUAAGAUGAUCAUGUGAUGACAGCAGUUUAUGUUUUACAUAUAAUCCCAUCCAGUGUCUUUGUUUUUCUGGCAAAUGUUUUACUGUACUUUUCAGUACAAUGUUUGUGAAUUUAAUCUUUUAUGUUAUAACUAAAUAAUGUAGAAUAGAUUGGCUUGUGUUCAUAAUGUUGUCAGUGCUACAGAACAUGCAGACGUACUGUUCAUUUAGUAUAUGCAGGAUUGUUCUGACUUAAGUAAAAUGUUCAGUAAUCUUGAAGCUUGUAGUGUGCCUUUAAAGGCAAUUUAAAGACUUUUGUAAAGUGAUUUUAAUAAAAAGGUGAAUUUG